AAAGAGGCCAGUAAAAAAAAAAAUUAAAAAAAGCUAAGAACAUAACAGCAACAAAAAAAACCCCAGUUUGCAUAUCUAAACACUCUUGAGAGAGUCCUAGGAAGCUUAAGAGAUCUAGGAAAUUUAGGAUUGUACAAAAGGAUGAUAAAAGGGAUAAAUAUCUGUAGUACUAAGCAUGUACAUUUUGAUAUCUUCUGUAGCAGGAGAACAAAGAAGAAAACCUCAUGACAGUAAAUGCAGAAAGUGGUAAGAUUUAUCCAGUAUUUGAGUUUUAUACUACUGAGAUUGUUAAGAAAGGACUUGUUAAGAUUCAGAAACAGUCUUAAGUUACACCUCUAUAUUGUAAGUAUUUACAAUUAAGAGAGAAAUUAGCUAACCUAUUCUGGAUUAGUAUAAGAUUUCUCUAAGGAUACCUAUAUAUGUAUUAAGAGUGGAAUUAAAUUGUAUUUACAUUUUGAAGCUUGUGUGCUGAUCAGUACUUGAGAUGUGUUAUCAGUCUUGGAAGUUCAUGAAUUUGACUUCAGAUGGGAAAGUCCUAUGCUAGAUUUUAAUAUUUUCUCUGAAUCCAUGAGGGUAAAUGUUGUACAGAUGCAUUCAUUUCAGAAAUUCAGUGGCGAUAACAUGUUUAUUGCUUCUGAAAACAGAGCACAUACUUUAUAUAUGUGAAGAUGGAGAAAAUAGAAAGGGACUGGUCAAAAUAAGAGAUUUGAAAAGUGAAAAGUUGUAUGGUUGUGGUAGGUCAUUAUUGGGUUUCUAAGUACACAUUAAGAAAAUAAACAAGACCACAAUCAGGAAGUUUAUGUAUGCACCUUCUUUUAUGCAAACAUAGUAUUCUCUAACUUCUACUCUUUAUUAUUAUCAUCACAAACUUACUAAGGAAACCUACUGAUACAGCACAGGUAAGCAACCUCACUAUGCUGAUUUGGCAUCGCUUUUUGGAAGAGAUCUAGAAUUCUAGAAUCCUUGUCAGUUGGUGCUUUAUCAUUCUCCAAUAUGAUGUUCCAGUAUUUAAAGAUAGGGUCUAUCAAUUUGCUUCUCAUACACACUUUUUUUUUCUGUCACAGUUGAGCUGUUUUAAGUGGUUUCCAGUACUAACAGAACUUCAGCUGCUCACAAUCUAUGUCUUUUCAUAUGCAUGAGCUGAGAGCUUGUUUAAUUACUUUGUAAGUGAAAAUUAUCUAGAGUGACUAAGGUGUCUUUUUCUGGAUGGGAAUGUUCUGAUUACCCCAGACUAAGUAACAGGUCCUGCAGAAGUUUUCAUAUCUGGUCUGAGCAGGUAGAAGUCUGACACAAAAGCCUGGUGCCAGCUUCUGGGAAUGAACUGGGAAGGGGAGGACCUCUUUCUCUUACAGCCACAAGCAGCAUAGUAGAUCAGGGAAUACAAUGGACAGAUGCAGGGAAUUACCAGUGGGGGAUUUGCAUCCCUAACAUUUGAUGGAACUGUAGGAGCUCCAAUUGUUCCUCGAACUUCUAGCAAAGUGUACACUUUCAUGGAUGAAGAACAGAAAACAGUGGAAGAAUUACGUAUUUGGGCAGCCAGUAAUAUUUCCAUCUCUGGACCAGCAACAAAAUUGUCUGGUGUUCAGCCAAUGCUGUUCUUUGAUCUCACUUGCCAGCUGGUAGGAAAAGCAAAAGUGGAUGGAUCUUCUUUUCUUCUAAAGGUUUGGGAUGGCACUAAAUGUCCCUACCCCACAUGGAAAGUGCCUGUGGAAGCAAGAGACCUGGAAGGAGAAAAAGUUGUUCUUCAUCAGCUGAGAAAUCUAGCGGUGGACAUUCUGGUCUAUGAUAAUCAUGUACAACUGGCAGAAUCACUUAAGAUUGGAAGUUUUCUGAGAAUUUACAGUAUUCAUGCGAAACAAGCAAGCACUGAAAAUGAAGAUGUCUCACCUAUGGAAUUUCAUCUUCAUGGUGGCACCUGUUAUGGUCGAGGAAUAGGAGUCUUGCCAGAAAGUAAUCCAGAUGUUAAGGAACUAAAAGAAUUAUUAGAAUCUGUGGAUCUGACAGACAGUCAGAAUAUGGAAAGCAUGUGUUCAAUGGACAUAGACAGCACUUUUGGCAAUGUUACAGAUCUUGAAUUGCACUUACAGAGAUGUCAGCAGUUAUCUGUUACAGUAUUAACAGAUCAUCAGGAUUUGAGUAACACAGAACUGAAAACCAUAACAAACAGCACAGCUCCUCAACAAUAUCGCAUUAGAGCAAAGCUGAGAACUUACAAACCCCAAAAGCUCCAUCAGUCUGUUAAACUGCAUUGUUCCAAAUGCAACUCUUUGCAAGAAGUUCCAGAUAGAGAAGACUUUGACUUCAUUUUACACAGCUCUGCCAGUACUGCCCCAAACCCAGAAUUACACAAUACAUCCUGGUAUGAAUCUGUAACAUGGACUACACAAGAGCAGAAACAGAGGGAAAUAGCCAUCCAUUUUGUGAAGCAUGAUGAAAUGCUUCAACAUCCUGAGAACACCUUGAUAAUGAUAGAAGGUGGAACAUUAAAAGAAAUCUGGAAACUUACAAAAAGAUUCAAGUGCGUUAUUCCUGUGAGAUCCACAGAAGAUGACCUUGAAUUACUAGAUCUUUCAGCUCCUUUUCUUCUAAAAGGGAAUGUAAAAUAUUAUGGGUGCAAGCAGUGUUCAACUCCAAAGCCUAUGAAGAAUCUAAGUUCCAUUGCAGCAGAACAGCAGCCAUCAUGGGAACCAGCUGAAAUAGCACAAGUUUUAGGUAUUGAACUGCUCCAGUAUGUUUUUGUUAUGAAGUUUACACUGGUUGAUGAAACAGGAUCACUAAAUGCUUACCUUUUUGAUCAUGAGAAGUUUUUCCAAAUUCCUGCCUCUGAAAUCUUAACUAAUAAUUUUCUUCAGCAAAAGAUGCAGAUGACCAUGAAUGCGCUCUGUCCUCCAGGAAGAAAAUUAGGUGACUUGCCAUGGCUGGAAUGCUUCAUCAAGUCUUAUAAUGUCAGAGACGCAAUGAAAAAUCAAGUUUAUUACCAAAUUUUUGACACCACAGUUGCUGAAGAUGUUGUAUAGUCAUGUGUUGCUAAUUGGAAGUAAUACAGUAAGCAUCAGUUUCUGUGGGGGGCUGGGAUCAGAGACUGUAUUAAAAAAAAUACCUUUUUGUUAGGAACUUAACUUGUUAUUAUGAUUUUUUAGUUUAUAUAUUAAUGGGAAUGGGACUUAUACUUUGAUAUGUUUGCUCUUUUCCUGGCACACACCUUUGUGAUCUAAGGGCAAGUGGAGGUGCUGAGCUUUUCACUGGAAACUGCUUGGCUGAGGUUGAUGGAAGCAAUCUACUUUCCAUCUGUCCUUCAAAAAGGCAGUGCUGAGGUUACUCUAUGUUUGUGAAUUUUACUCAGAAAAAUCUAGUCAGGAUGAUGCCAUGUGUUCAUUUUUUUAUUAAAUUACAUCAACAGAGGCAAAGAUAAAAAGUUCUUUAGUAAACUCAGAAUGCUUUGUGCAAGCCAAUAUUACUGUUCUCAGCUUCACAGGGAGGUUGGUUUUUAGAGACUUCCUUGAUUUUGUACUGAUAUGUACAUUUAGAAAACUCCUCCUGUUAGUAACAGCUACAUGUACCUGUUACUGUAGAUUCUGAAGGGGUUGUGAACAUGACCAUGUAGUGAUUAUCACUAAAAUUAAAGUCAAUCAUGAAGGUAAGGUAGUGUAAAAUUGUAAAAUGGAUAUUGAUAUUUGGUAGAUGCUAAUGCUUCUGGGGUGGCCUUGUUGGGUACCAAAGGUGUUAGCAUGUUUGUUAGCUGGGUCUGUAUUUUCAAAGGCUUGAUCUGCCUUUUACAUCCUACAUAAUCAGAUUGUGUGCCUAAAUUUGGAGAUACAGAACUGAUCUGGUGCUGUCAUGGAUUGAAAAUUCUGCUGGACUAGAAAACUAUGUGGUGGUUUUACUUUGCAUUCAGAAGUCUCUAGGACAAGUUCAGGACAUGUUUCUCUAAGGGUGAUUAAUGUAGAAAUCCCUGUCAAAUCAAAUGCUUUCCAUCAGAGCAAAAUUACUUAGUAUUUACAGCAGAUGUUUUUAAAGAACUUCAGAAGCAAGAUGCAAUAUUUGUAAGUGGAUUAUUAUUUUGAUAGUAGAUGACAUUUUAUUUUUUUCAUUUUUGGGGGCCAUUUAAUAGAUUAUGCAAUUUGUCUUAAAAUUUCCUCAUAUAUCCUCUGGUAAUUUUCUUGUACUGUAAAAAUUACACUGGGUUUAUAUGUCAUAAGACAAUAAGACAAUUUUUCUUUAUUGAUCUGUGUAUAGGGACAAUGAAUAUUUAAAGUGGUGAGUGCACAUUUCCUUUAAAAAUUUUUUAAAAAAUAAAAAUAUUUUGGAAUUGAACUAGCAGUUUAUCAGAGUCUACUGACUUAAAAUAUUUUCUUGAAUUUUUACAUAAAUGCAUCAACAAAAAAUAAUUACAACAAAUGAAUAUUAUAAAACUUUAGACACUGGCCAUACCCAAGCGUUUUCACAAGUUAGGAGUUAAAUUGAAGGGAAUUUUCUUUGCCUUUAUUUUAUAUAAGGUAUGAAAAUGUGGAUUUCUUUUUUAGAUUUUUUGUUAACAAUUCUGAAAUAUAUUGAUAUUGUACAUUUUUCUAAACAAGUCUUUGUAAAGUAAUAAAUAAAAAGAUGUUUUGAACUUAAAUGUGAAAUAAAUCAAUUUCACCACAUGCCUUGCCUGAGAUCCCUUCCUAAACACUACAUAUGCAUGAUUUUUUUACCAUUGAAUAUUGUGUUUAAAAUUAUUCUAAUUAAAUAAAAUGUUCAAUAAAGAUUCCUCCAAA